CUCUGGCGCUGGCCAGGCGGGGGGCGGCGUCCCCGGGCCGGGACCCCACGGCGGGCCGCGGCUCCUUGGGGCGUCGCCACCCUCCAUCCCUCGUUACGUGGCUCCGCAGUGCCGCUGUGCCGCGUGUGGAGGAGAGCUCUCACGGGGCGCCUAGGCCGCAGCCUGGGCGGGAGCGCAAGGCCGCGCCGGCAGCCGCCGCCGCCGCCGGCCCCUCGGAUCAGCCUGGGCAGUUCUCGCGCGCCCUCCUCCCGGAGCGGAGCCGGGCCCUCCGUCGCAGCGGCCGCGGUCCGGGUCGAGGACGCCGUUGAUGUGUGGGCCGGGCCUGGAGGCCCCAAGCUGGGCGCCCUCGGGGAAGAAAGCCGGAGCCCCGGCUGGGAGUCCGCGCCGCGGAGCCGCCCGGUCCUGGGCCGCGGUCGCCGGACUCUGAGCCCCGUUCCGCCAGCCCACAGCUCCGGGACGGGAAAGGAAGGAGGAGGGCAGGCGGCCAAAGUUAGGAGCUUGAAGAGAUCCGCAAAUGUGGAAUGAAAAACUUCCGUAACAUCCAGGUUGAUGAAGCUAAUUUAUUGACUUGGCAAGGGCUUAUUGUUCCUGACAACCCUCCGUACGACAAGGGGGCCUUUAGAAUUGAAAUCAACUUUCCAGCAGAGUAUCCAUUCAAACCACCCAAGAUCACAUUUAAAACCAAGAUCUAUCACCCUAACAUUGAUGAGAAGGGGCAGGUCUGUCUGCCCGUAAUUAGUGCUGAAAACUGGAAGCCAGCCACCAAGACCGACCAAGUAAUCCAGUCCCUCAUAGCACUGGUGAACGACCCCCAGCCUGAGCACCCACUCCGGGCUGACCUAGCUGAAGAAUACUCUAAGGACCGUAAAAAAUUCUGUAAGAAUGCUGAAGAGUUUACAAAGAAAUAUGGGGAAAAGCGACCUGUGGACUAAAAUCUGCCACGAGUGAUUCCAGCAAGUUUGAGCAGAGCCCCGAGCAGUACUCAGAUACCCCGCAAAGCAGGACUCUGUGGAAAAUUGACACGGGCCACCACCUGGCGUCCGCUUGUGGCAGUUACUAACUUUCUACAGUUUUCUUAAUCAAAAGUGGUCUAGGUAACCUGUAAAGAAGGAUUAAAAAAUUCAGAUGUUCUAGUUCUGCUUGCUUUGUUUUAAAAAUCACUGCUUUAGUCUACUUCAAAAGAAUGGCAUUUCUUUUCUUGCCCAGAUUUACUCAAAGUUACAGUUAGCCCAGGUUUAAAAAAAAAAAAAAAAAAAAGUCCUGCUUCCCUCUCCCCAUUGCCCUUUUCCCUUUCAAUGCCCUUCCACAGACUAAGGCCCCAGCUCCCCACAGAAGUAGCAGCGCUGGCAGCUCUUCUCCUGUGCCACACUGCCUGUGGGUGAUAGCUCAAGUCCCCCUCAUGCCACCCUAUUAAUGUCCUUUAAAAAAUUAUAAAACAAUAACAAUGCCCCCACCCUCCCCCAAAACAGAAUGUCUGUUCAAAGGGAAGCUGCUUUUACAUAAAACCUUAGCAAGUGUUUCCACAGUAACAGACUCAAUGGGCAGACCCCACGCCCCCAACCCGUGGUCAAGCUGUGUGUUCUUUGUAGAGAACCCUGCAGUACCAGGUUUGUGGUGACCUUGGAGGGAGGGUCUGCCAGCAGAGAACGCCGUGCACUUGUGUGAGGAUGUCUUCAGUCAGCAGUCCUCCGUGCAGCUGUGGUAGACGGCCUGCUGCUCAUCACAGGCAAAGCAAAAGCCAGGAUAGUCUGUUGAAAUCUCAAGCUUCACCACCACCAAGCUCUGCUGAGGUGUGCCAAGGAGCCCCAAUUCCUCAGCACAGCAGGCCACCACUGUCUCCCUCCACAUGGUUUGCCCUUUGUGGGGUCAGCAUUGGUGGCUUCUGCUUUGUAACCAGCUGCCCCUUCCUCAGAGCAGCUGCUGAUGCAGCCCAGGAACAGGAUGGCCUUUCCAGAGUCAAGCUCCACUGGAAGCUCACUCAGUAAUAUCCUUUCAAUAUGUUUUAUAUUGUUUUCAUUGCCUUUUUUUGUAGAAAUAAAAUUUGACCUUAGAAUUUAUCAUCAAAUGAACUUUGUCAAGAUUUGAAUGUUAAUGUCUUUUCAAGGCAAGUGGGACUGUCCUUGAAGUAGUGGUGCCACCCUGAGGGAGCUGUCGGCCUGACUGCCUGUGUUCACCAACUCACUUAGGGUCUAGAUCCUGUGGAGAAGAUUGCCUCAAGAGCUCUAGCUUUCUGCUUUAACCGUAGUUCUUUAACUUCAGGGCUACCUGGGGCUCACCUACUUGGAAGACAGCUCUGGGUUUUGCCUAUAAAGGAGUGAGACAGGUCCUCUCAGGCAGUGUAACACUAUAUAGUUUUCCAAGUGUUUGGCUCCUGUGGUGCAUAAAUGAACUGUGCUUUAGUUCUAGGUAUGCAUGGGGCAGGUUUCUGGAGACUUCAUGUGCCCAGGAUGGCCAGAGCACCGGGCCUGCGUUUCUACGUCUGUCUCUUCAUUGGCAGAAAAGUGACAAUGGAUUUUAUUUCAUUCACGUUCAGAUUUGUAAUAAAAUGCCAAAUUCUGUCAGAAGUUGUCCAAACAAGCCACCAUUUGUUCUUGUUGCUUUUCUGAAUCUAGAGAUAGUCCACCUGUCCGAUAGCUUAGUUCUACCUGCCUGUUACCCCUCACUGCUCUCUGCUCACUAUGGGAGGCACCCUUAUGCCAGCAGCCCCUCUCAGGGACUCUCAGCCCUAGUACUGACAACCGUGGCCUGCCCUGGAAGCAGGGGUCUGGCUUGGAGUCAGUAGUGUCCCUCUGGGCUUGCAUGCCUUGCUCUUUCUAGCCCUGUCCUGGAGCAGGCUUUGAGCAAGCUGGCAGCAGCUCUGGCUACUCCAAACUAAAGAAGAGCUGGAUCCUUUAGAGAAGGGGAUGUCUGUGAGCAGCCACCCACCCACCCACCCCUGACACAAGUUGGCUCAGGAAUUCACAUCCCCCUGGUUCCUUGAAGUGCCCGGGUCCUGUCCUGCUCUUUCCACGAUGGCAGAGAAUAGGCUUUCUAAGAUGCUGUGACCCCAUCUGUCCUUAAUAAAAAUGUUCUCAGACACUA